AUGCUCCUCGCAAUGGCCCAGCUCCUCCUCGCAAGUCCUGCUGCGGCAGGCUUCAGCCCCCCUGGCGUGCUCUCCCCACUGCCACCCAUGGGGUUCAACAACUGGGCCAGGUACAUGGAGGGCCUCAACGAGUCCCUCUUUGUCGACACGGCAGAGGCCAUGGUCUCCAGGGGCUUGUUGACAGCCGGCUACAACCGCCUGAACCUCGACGACGCCUGGUCGCUCAUGGAGCGCCUGCCCAACGGCUCCAUGGCCUGGGACCCCAACAAGUUCCCCCGCGGGCCGCAUUGGCUCACCGACUUCAUCAAAUCCAAGGGCUUCAUCCCUGGCAUAUACACAGACGCAGGGAACAAGUCCUGUGCCGGGUAUCCUGGUGCUUACGGCUACGAGGAGAUCGACGCCCAGGACUUUGUGAACUGGGGGUUCGAGUACCUGAAGCUGGACGGCUGCAACAUGCCAGACACUACCGAGGCGACGUACAGGAGGGUCUAUGGGAAGUGGCAUGAUAUCCUGUCGUCCAUGUGGCCAAAGCAGAUGCUGUUCUCCGAGUCUGCCCCGGCAUACUUUGCCGAGGCCAGCAACCUCAGCAGCUGGUACGCAGUGAUGGGGUGGGUUCCGCAGUUCGGCCAGCUUGCGAGGCACUCGAGAGACACGCUGGUGUGGAACAGCACCAAUUACUGGCCGGAUAUCACAGGCUGGGACUCGAUCAUGUUCAACUAUGGCCAGGAGGUCCGGCUGGCGAGGUUCCAACGCCCUGGCUACUUCAAUGACCCAGACUUCCUCAAUGUCGACCAUUUCGACUACACACUUACUGAGAAAAAGAGCCACUUUGCCCUGUGGUGCAGUCUCUCGGCCCCAUUGAUCCUCAGCACGGAUCUGCUGAACAUCACGGACGCCGAGGUCGAAUACCUCACAAACAGAGACCUGAUCGACGUGGACCAGGACCCACUGGUCCAGCAGGCGACUUUGGUCAGCCAGGACGAAACCUGGGACGUGCUCACAAAGAGCCUGUACAACGGCGAUCGGCUGGUCACGGUUCUCAACCGCGGCAACGACACCGGGGACCUGGAAGUGUCGUGGGGCCGCAUCGGUAUCUUCCCCGACGAACUGCCCACCCCGUCUUCGAUCAACGUCAAGGACCUGUGGACGAACCAGACAACAUCCGUAGCCCUUGGAGAUGGGGGCAUCAAGGCAUCAUCCGUCCCGUCCCGCGGCACGGCCGUCUUCCGGCUGUCGAACCCCUCGGCCGGAGACGCCAUCCGCACCAUCCCGACGGGCAUGAUCUUCAACACGUUCUCGCUGCACUGCCUGACCGACUCGGCCGGCGGGGCAAUGACGUGGUACAACUGCAGCGGCUCGGACGCUCAGGUCUGGAAGGUCAAGCCGGACGGCCACAUCAGUAGUCUUCUGAGCCCCAAGAAAUGUCUGACAGCCGGCGCAGAUGGCCAGCUUGCGUCCCAGGAGUCUGGGUGUGCGGCCGGGAAGGAGAACAGGUGGGACUACUUCGUCUCGGGCAACCUGGUAAAUGGUGCGUCUGGGCUGUGUCUCACUGAGGACCAGGCUGCUGUUGAUGGGAGUUCGACUGCGACGGUCGCGAGCUGCGGGUACCUGACGAACGAGCAGGUCGUGGCGCUUCCUGUGGGCGUGGCGUUGUAA